UGACAAAUUCUGUCAUUUUUCGUAAUGUCAGCUUGUGUCAAAAAGGAAGUUGGUGAUGUGUUUCAAGCAGCGAAAUACGAAAUAAAUUGGGCUAAUUAAUCGUAAUAUUAUGUCUUCACGUUCUGAAUAAGGGUUAAAUACCAGACAAGAUGAAUUUCAAUGCUUCCAGAAACGUUGGGCAAUCAGGAGGUGGCGGAGGAGGUAUCAGGAAGGCGAAGCGGGUGAGCGAUGUGGCGGCGAUGGGGGCUCCGUCGCCCACGCCGGCCUUCAGCCCUGCGCCGGGCUUCAACGCGGGGUACCCACCAGCCGGCCCACCGCCUCCGUAUCAGGAAGGAAUCCAGUUGGAAACCACUCAGGACUUUGUGGCACCUUCUCCCCCUCCCAGUUAUGGCUUUGGCUUCCCACAGUCACCGAUAGCAUCUCCUGCACAAUUAGGUUCUAUGCUACAGCAGCCAAUUGUUCAAGACAUGGCUUAUCAAUACGGAAAUCAGCUGGCUGCCCAGGGACGGGAGGUGGUGCAGCGAGAGAUCAACAAGUACGUGCCUGUGUCCCGGCUGCGGUACUACUUCGCAGUGGACACGAGAUAUGUGUUAAAAAAGUUGCUACUCAUCAUUUUUCCGUUCACUCAUAAGGAAUGGAUGCUGAAGUACGACCAGGAGUCGCCGGUGCAGCCGCGCUUCGACCUGAACGCGCCCGACCUCUACAUCCCGUCCAUGGGCUACGUCACCUACGUGUUGCUCACCGGAUUCGUGCUCGGUCUCCAGCACCGCUUCUCGCCCGAACAAAUAAGCAUCCAAGCAUCAAGUGCUCUGGCAUACAUCUUCUUCGAGAUGAUCUUAUACCUGGUGACGUUGUACAUCACCAACACCAGCACCAGCCUGAAGACGCUGGACCUGCUGGCGUUCUCGGGCUACAAGUACUGCGCCAUGAUCGGCAGCGUGCUAGCUGGAUUGCUGCUGGGACGGACGGGGUACUACUGCUGGCUGUUUUACAGCAGUUUAGCGCUGUCUUACUUUUUGGUGAAGACGCUCCGCGUGCAAGUACUGACGGGCUCGGGCGGCCCGAGUGGCGGCGCGGAGCCGGCCUACGGCUACGCGGCCGCGCCUGCUUAUGCGGAGAACCCUUACGCAGACAACUGGGCCAAGCCCGCGGGCGGUGGCGGCACCAAACGCCGAGUGUACUUCCUGUUAUUCGUGGCCAUCACGCAGCCGCUGCUGUCCUGGUGGCUCACCUACCACCUCGUGCCCGACGCCGCCGUGCCCGCGGCCCGAUAGCGGCCCCCGGCCCCCGGCCCAGCGGCCCCCGGCCCACCGGCCCCCUUCCCAUCGGCCCCCGGCCCGCGGCGCCGUACUUAGCCCGCUGUCCAGUGGCGGCGUGAUGUGUUACUUGACUGUGCAUUUGGUGGUUUUAAAUUUCGAAGUGUUAAACAAAUAAACAACACAUGAAGACUAAAUGCUGCAAUGGAUGAAUGGACUUUGCUUAAUUAAUGUGUCAAUUCAAUGCAACGCCUGCUGUUUGCUAAAACGUUAACUUUUUUAUAAUAACGUUGUCACUGUAAUCUCGAUAGUCAAAUGGGCUAAAUCUUGAACAUGCUUGUUUACCUAAUUUUCAUCAAAUGGUAGAAAAUUCAAUAAAAAAACAGAAAGGUGCUCGUAAGUUGAGAGGCAG